AUGUCAGGUAUUUUCAACGUGCCAGGAGCAGCCCCAACGAAACCAAAAUCCAAAUUCGAAGAAUUCAAAGAAUCACCCAUGUUCACAGUUCUUGUGAAUAGUGUUUUCUUUGUCGCUGGAGUUGCAUUCAUUCAAUCUCCAUUGAUGGAAAUGCUAGCACCUGAGUUAUAA